AUGAAACGCGCAAUUUUGUCGUUGUGUAUCCUAAUCACCGUAAUCGCCGCUCUCGUUACUUCCGCUUCGGUGGAUACAUUGAAUUAUGAACUUUCACCUCAAGAUACUGCGCCCGAAGGCCACGAAUAUCUUCCAACAGCUGAUGAUUCUCCUUACCAGCCAGCUUACCAAAAAUCUGAUGCUGAAGAAGUCCCAAGUGGAGAAGAUUCCGACAUCGGUGAUACUGAAGCUUCCCAAAAUUUGGUUGUGCACAGAAAAUUCAGAGAAUGUAUUUGGAGAUGUAGAUACACUUCAAAUAUUUGGACUACUUUUGGUCCUUUGAAACAAUGUGUUGUCAAAUGUAUUACUAUUGUUAGUCCAAGGGGAGGCGGAAGAAGUCCAACUUUUUAG